CAUAAGAUAUUGAAUACUAAUUUGUAGAGAUUUAAUGAUAUGUCAUAGUGACAAUCUAAUGCCUUUGAGUUUUGAAAAUUAGGGCCGUUGUAUAAUUUUUUGGUAAUUUCAGUUUUUACCGACGAUUGGUGUAGAUUCAAUCAUUUAUUGAAGAUUUUCGACAAAAAUUUCAAAAAACUACAAAGCAGUGAAAUGCUAAUUACCGUGCAGACAUUGCAGAAGGAGAUAUUUGAAAUUGAAUUUGAUGCUGAAAAAACUGUGCUUCAAUUAAAAGAGAGGAUCUAUUUUGAACGUGGACCAGAAUACAAUGUAGAAAAUCAAAAACUUAUAUAUGCUGGAAUAAUACUCAGUGACGAACGCAGUAUAAAUUCAUAUAAUAUAGAUGAAAGCAAGUUUAUCGUGAUAAUACUUAAAACUGGUUAUGAAAACUGCUUUCCGAAACUUGAGGGAGGAUGUUUUACCUCUUCUGUCGUAUCAUCGAUUCCCAAUACUGAGAAGGGGGAAGAAUGCAACAAGUUGCAAGACUAUAUAACAACAACCACUGAAGAUGGGCCAUUCCAAGUAAUGUCUGUAGAGCAAACUGCCGAAAUAGAAAAUGAAGCGGUAUCAAUAAAUAGUGGUAGUGAUGACGCUGAAAGGUUAAGCCAAUCUGUAAACAAUUCUGACAACAUUAACAGAGCAGAUUCUUUGGAAUUCGUUGAAAGCAAUACAAGUAUAUUAUCUAGUAGGUCAGGGGAAUUGGUUUUUUCUAGAAGCAGUAAUGAAUCUGAUGGAUCUGAAUCUAGUCACAGCACUUACUCCAGUGGCGAUCUUGCGGGGGUUUUCUCCAAUACUUCGAUACAAUCACGUGCUAACGCGAAUUUACCUCUGGCUUUAGAAGGGGAUCAUACAAUUGAUUAUAUGAUGGAAAUGGGCUUUAGCCGUGAAAAUGUUGAGAAGGCAAUGAAAAUUAGUUUUAACAAUCCAGAACGAGCACUGGAAUACUUAAUCAGCGGUAUAGCUGAAGCAUCUGAUAGCUUCCACACAACUACCGCAGCUGAUCGAGAUGGUGCACAUCUUAAAUAUAAUCCUGGUGCAUUUUAUGAUGACAAAAGCUGCGCCAACACAAGAGAGUCUACUUUUAUUAGCGAUAAUGGGAGUCAUGUGACAUUAAACCGGUUUAAUAGUUUUAACAAAAACUCCAAUUAUCAAGAGAGUGGUUACAGUGCUGUACAAGAGUGUGGGGAAAGUCGUGUUAGUAAAUUUAAGGAGCGGACAACACAAUUACCGAUUGGUGGGGGAGCGUUAAACGAAAAUACUAAGGAACUUAAUGCAGAAGGACAACAAGAUAUCCAGUGUGCCACUACUAUAGUGAAAACACACAACCUUGGAAGUGGCGAUAUUGAAAAUAUCGGGCUGAGCGGUGGUUUGGCUCCUAUCAGCAGUAAUACCAGUAUAUCCUCAACUGGAUCCGGCGUAUUUAUUCUUUCCGAGAGAAGUAACAUAUCUGAAAGCUCUGAAACCAGCCACAGCACAUUUUCAAGUGAUGACCUCGCAGGUGUGUUCUCUAAUACUUCGCUGAAAUCACGAUCCGAAUCGAAUUUGCCAAUGAGUCAAGAAUACAAUCGUACUAUUGAAUCAAUCAUAGAGAUGGGGUUUAGUCGUGAAACCGUUGAACACGCUAUGACUGCUUGUUUCAAUAAUCCAGAGCGAGCAAUCGAGUUUUUAAUAAGUGGAUUAUCAGAUACUUCUGAAAUAUUUGAUAGUAAUGUAACGAAUGAAGAGAAUAUUCGCACAAAUAUUGGGGGAAUUAAUCAUGCUAAUGUCUAUGACGAAGAGAGAGAAAGAUUAUCAAGUACAAUUCCUGAUAUCGAUUUAAAUUUCAGUUCGAGAGAUGGAGAGUAUGACGAUGACCAACAAUCUUUAGAAAACCAUCAUGCGACAUUGCGCUCUGUUACAGAUGAAAAUCCGUUUGAAAUAUUUCGCAAUCAACCUCAGUUGUUGUUUAUGCGUUCGUUAAUGUAUCAGAAUCCAGAUGCUUUACAUGGAGCACUCCAGCAAAUUGGGCAAACUAAUCCGGCUCUUUUACAACUUAUAUCGGAAAACCAGGAUGCUUUCUUGAGCAUGCUUAGUCAAACUUUGGAGGAAUAUGCUGAUAUAAGCCGUCCGAAUCCACGUCGAUUGACACCAGGACGACGUGCACAGCUUGCUGCUGCAGUUCGGGCUGCAGCUGGGGGAGAUGGAUUGCAUGUACGUUCUCUUGAUACAGCACCCGGUGCGGGCGGUGACGGAAUGCUUACCCACCAACGGCCUGGAGAAAGUGGUGAUGCAGGGGCCGAUACAGUACCUCAUGUAAUUUCUCAACUUCAACCAGAUAGAGUUGCAGAACGACGAGCAGCCGCUGCUGAUGCAUUCUUACGUGAAAGAGCUGCAGCUGCAGUUGCGGUGGCGGCUUUAACAGCAGAUGCUUCUGAUACGAUUCAUCGCGAAAUUUAUGAUGAUGCCGUUGCUAGAGGUGCUACAAGCUCAUUGGAUAACGAUAAUUUAUCUGCCUCUGCCUUAUUGGAAGGAAAUAAGAAUAUGAUGUUUCUACUCACACCACAAGACGAGGAAGCAAUUAAUCGCCUUAAAUCACUAGGUUUUUCCGAAUCACUGGCACUUCAGGCAUAUCUUACCUGCGAAAAAAACGAGCAAUUAGCAGCGAAUUUUUUGUUAUCUUCAGUAUUAAAUGAUUAAGACAUUUAUUGUAUUUAAAAAUAUUUGACAUUUAGACUCGUAAGAUAAGUAAUUUUAAUACAAGUUAAAUAAUAAUUCGA